ACAAGAGGAUUAAGGAUGAACCCGGUUUGUCUCGAUAUAAAAAGGAUUUCGGGCCGGAAUGAAGAACGCGAUAUCAAUUGUGAUCUUGGACUUGGGGCGUUCUGUUUGGCCGAUUACAGCGACAACCAGAAGGCUAUAAUCAAAAAGUAUUCGGACGUUUGCGAAACAGAAACAGGAAUCUCAGCUGACUCUCACAUCGUGAAGCAAGCCCCAUAUGGGGGACUGUCAGCCAAGGAUGGUAUCUCCAGAAAAUAUAUCGUCUGCAUGCAGCGCGGAAUGGGGUUCCUUGAAGAGGAUGGUAAAAUCAAUGUAGAGAAUGUAGUUAACUUCAUGGUGCCACCCUACGAUCGCAAAGCGGUAGAAGAGUUGACCAAUGAUUGCGUCGGUUCUGAGGUAGGAUCACUGGAAGAUAAGGCAUCCAGUUUUUACAAUUGUUUUUUCACGAAAAAAAAAAUUUGAUAUCUAAGCAAUUGCUAACCGUAUGGUGCAGGAUGUCAAAGUAUAUUCAAAAAUAAAAGAACGUUUUGAAAAAUUA